GACAGUUUAAAACUGACAUAAGAAAUGUCAAAAAUUUGUAUACAUAAAUAAUCUUCUCAAAAAAAAAAUAACAACUUUUUUAGCGAUAUUUUAAAUGACAUGGCACAACCGGCGGUUACGGAACGAAAAGAAGUAGCGUUUAACGAGUUUUACACGGAGGUGAAAGAAAUCGAGAAAAGAGAUUCCGUUUUAACACCAAAACAACAAAUAGAGCGCCUAUUACGACCUGGCUCGACGUAUUUUAAUUUAAACCCAUUCGAAGUGCUCCAAGUUGAGCCAGAAAUCCCCAUCGAAGAAAUUAAAAAGAAAUAUCGAAGGUUAUCAAUUUUAGUACAUCCGGAUAAGAACCAAGACGAUGCAGAGCGUGCCCAACAGGCUUUUGAGGUGGUUAAUAGGGCCUGGAGGACGCUAGAAAGUGAGGAAUCUAGAAAAAAAUGCAUGGAUAUUGUUGAGGAGGCGAAAGGAAGGACUGAUUUAAUGUUGGCAGAAAAACGAAAGAAAGCAAAAAAAGAGGGAAAAGACUCUGUUCCUGAGGAUGACCCCGAAAAGUACAAACACGCCAUUUAUGUUCUGACAAUGAAACUUUUUGCAGAUAUGGAAAGAAAGAGGCGAGAGCUAGCCGAAAGGGAUCAAGAAGAAAGGAAAAGGAAAAGAGAACAAGAAUUAGAAGAAGAGGAGAAACAAAAAGCUGAGAAGGAGUGGCAAAAAAAUUUUGAAGAGUCGCGUCAAAAUCGCGUCGAAAGUUGGCAAUCCUUUAAGGCGGGAUCUUCGAAAUCGAAGUCGACGAAAAAAAUGAAAAUGUUUAAGCCGCCCAAAAACAAACCCGAAUCUAGAUAGAAUACGAUUUAAGUAAGAUAUUUAUUUUUCAUUACUUUCAAUCACAAAGAAUACCAAGAUAAGCUCGUUUUUUUGCCUGGUUUUUUUGUCUUUCAUCUUAGGUAAGAGUAAUUUUUACUUUAUUGUAAAAAAGGAGCCGAUUUAUCGAUCAUUUCUCUUUUUUGUUAUUGUAUAACUUAGGAUAAGUAUAAAUAAAUGCUUUUUAAAAAAAAA